AUGGGCAAAAAAGAGCUCAAAAGCACGAUUAAGGCGGUUGCUUCGAGUAAUUGAGUGAUAGUGGCCAUCCCUACACCCUACACACUCUUCUACGGAGACGUCGCGACGGGUUCUCGCCGUCAAGGAGGCCAGAUUCGCCGUUACAAGGAUACGCUGAAGUCCUCCCUGAAACGCCUGCAAAUCAACCCCACCAACUGGGAGGAGCUCGCACUCGAUCGACCGACCUGGAGGAGGACAGUGAAGACAGGCGCUGCGAUCUACGAAGCCAACCGCAUCGCUGCCGCCAAAGCGAAACGCAAAGCCCGCAAAUCACAACUUCGCCCAAUACGCAACGCCGCCGCACAACCGCUUCCAACGUGUCCUCGAUGUCAACGGACAUUCCGGGCUCGAAUCGGACUUGUUGGACACCUUCGGAUCAACUGCGCCUCUCAAGUUGCACCAACCAUCGUCCCCCCGCUCGCCUCUUCCUCCCCUCCGCUGCCAACUAACUCUGACAAUUCUUCUGACCCACCACUUCCAUCCUCCUCCUCGUCCUCCUCCUCGUCCUCGUCCUCCUCCCCCUCCUCAUCCUCCUCCUCCUCCACCACUGCCCCAACGGCGGCCGCUCAGGCGGCCGUCUCGCACAUCACCAACCGCGACACAACAGCAGACACCACCCCUACCUCUCCCAAAUCCAGCGAUGAGGAUCAGGACAACACCUGCCCUCACUGCGACCGCGCCUUCACCUCGCACAUCGGCCUGGUCGGUCACUUGCGAAUUCAGCGCACAGAGACUGGCGAGCCAGUGCCUGGAGCACCAACCUACACACACCGCACUCGCCUCCACUGCCCACAUUGCCCUCGCACCUUCACGCAUCGCAUCGGUCUAUUGGGUCACAUGCGCAUUCACGAGAGCGAAAUUGACUAA